GAAGCUCCUGCCCUGGAACUCCACAGCGGAGGAAUGCUUCCGGGGGGACGCAGAAACCUGUGACACCGGCCCGCCCCUCCCCGCCCCGCCCGCGGCAGAGCCACGUCUCGGCUGGAGGAGCCGCAGGAGCCGCCGCCACCACGGGUGCCAGUAUUUAUGUUAACCAAGUGUCAAAUGAAGGAGGAAACAUGGAGGAAGCCAGCAAAGGGGACGUCUGUCAGAAUGGACCCACAACCCAUUUCCCUGAUCCUCCAUUGUCCCUCGAUCCCACCACCAGACCAUUUGGUCCUGAUCCAUCUCCAGGUGUGGCUGGUUUCCAUGACAACCUAAGGAAGUCUCAGGGAUCUAGUGCUGAGGGCGUAGUUCUUAGAAAAGAAGCUUUGCAGUCUCUCAAACUCAGUCUUCCUAUGCAAGAAACUCAUUUGUGUUCAACCGAAUCUUCACUGCCCUUGGAAAAAGAGGAACAGAUCCGACUUCAAGCUCGAAGACGACUGGAAGAACAGCUCAAACAGUAUCGAGUGAAAAGACAUCAGGAGAGAUCUAAUCAGCCUGCAUCCAAAAACCGACCUACCAGCACCUUGGACCCCGAGCUCAUGUUGAACCCAGAGAUCUUACCAAGAGCCAGCCCAGUAGCAAUGACAAAAGAAUAUUCCUUCCUUCGGACCAGCGUCCCUCGGGGACCUAAAGUAGGCAGUUUAGGACUUCCAGCGCAACCAAAGGAGAAAAGAAGUUCCAAAUCAAGCAAGAUCCGAUCUCUGGCAGAUUACAGAACUGAAGAUUCAGACUCUGGAAUUUCUAGUGGAAACUUCCUGGCUCCCGACUCUGCCAGGGGGUCCCUGCAUCAGAAUAGAAGCAGUUUGACGUCUGUGGUGUCCGAGAUCAGCCUGCCUCCUGAAACGGAUGACCGACUGGAGAAUUCUUCAGUGGCAGGAGACAGCAUCUCCGAACUGGACGGAAGUGAAGGGGGCACGAAGCUGGAUGGCAAUGACAGCGAUAGCUCGUCUUACAGCAGCGUCUCUGGCAGAGGAGCGUACGGAGUGCUGGGCACGGUGGGCAGGCGGGCAGCUUCCUACCUGGUCAAUGGCCAGGAGAUCAGUUCUGAAGCGAUGGGGCAGUUUCCUUCCAUUAGAGAUGUCCUGCAGGCCGCUGCUGCUGAGCACCACACCCCAGAGCCGGAUGUCAAUGGGGACAUACAGAGUCGGAGGGACAGCAUUUCCAGCAGCAUAUCCAUGGAGAGCUCUAUUGCUGGGACUCAUGAUGAAAUGCUGCAGGUUCUUAAAGAGAAAAUGAGGCUGGAAGGGCAGCUGGAGGCCUUGUCUUUAGAGGCUAGUCAGGCCCUUAAAGAGAAGACUGAGCUGCAGGCCCAGCUCGCAGCCUUGGACACCAAGCUUCAGGCCCAGGUGGAGCAGAGCCGAAGCAGCCAGCAGAAACAGGACUCGCUGAGCUCUGAAGUGGACACCUUGAAGCAAUCCUGCUGGGAUCUGGAGCGGGCAAUGACUGACCUGCAAAACACCCUCGAGGCGAAAAAUGCCAGCCUGGCUUCCUCCAACAAUGACCUGCAGGUGGCCGAGGAGCAGUACCAGAGACUCAUGGGAAAAGUGGAGGACAUGCAAAAAAGCAUCCUCAGCAAAGACAACACAGUGCACGACCUUCGGCAGCAAAUGACAGCCUUACAGAGCCAACUGCAGCAUGUUCAGCUGGAGCGCAGCACACUGACGAGCAGGCUCCAGGCCUCCCAGACCGAGAUCACGUCACUGCAGAAGGUCCGGCAGUGGUACCAACAGCAGCUGGCACUGGCCCAGGAGGCCCGGGUCAGGCUGCAGAGCGAGAUGGCCCACAUCCAGGUUGGGCAGAUGACCCAGGCAGGCAUUCUAGAGCACCUUACUGAGAAUGUGUCAUUGUCCCAUCAACUGACAGAGACUCAGCAGAGGUCCAUCAAGGAAAAGGAACGAAUUGCUGUCCAGUUACAAAACAUAGAGGCGGACAUGCUGGACCAGGAAGCGGCAUUUAUUCAGAUCCAAGAAGCCAAGUCCCUGGUGGAAGAAGACCUGCAGAGGAAGCUGGAGGAGUUUGAGGAUGAGAAGGAACACUUACAAAAAAUGGCUGAUUCUGCCACGUUCUUGGAGCAGCAGCUCCAGCAGGUAAAGCUGACUCUGCAUCAGCGAGACCUGCAGCUGGAUGCCCUGCAGCAGGAGCACCUGGACCUCAUGAAGCAGCUCACCCUGAGCCAGGAGACACUGCACACCCGCGAGCAGGCCCUCAGUGAGCUGCAGACCCACCACGAGGAGCUGCAGGCCCGGCUGGAGGAGCUCCAGGGAGACGUGGCCGCUAAAGACGACACGGUCCAGUUUCUGCAGAAUGAGAAGAUUGUUCUGGAAGUGGCGCUGCAGGCGGCCCGCGCAGGCAAGGAGGAGUUUGACCGCGGCGCCCAGCAGCUGGAGGAGGACGCAGACGCUGCCUCAGAGCUCUUGGAGCAGCUGAGACAGGAGUUAGCCGUCAAGUGCAGCCAGGUGGAAAACCUGCAGCAAGAAAGCAUUGCUCUGAAAAAACAGACUCAGAAGGUGAAGGAGCAGUUUCUUCAACAAAAGGUGAUGGUGGAAGCAUACCGGAGAGAUGCGAGUUCCAAGGACCAGCUGAUCAGCGAAUUGAAAGACACAAAGAAAAGACUGGACUUAGAGAUGAGAAAUCUGAGGCAGGAAUUAAUCAAGCUUCAGGGUGAAAAGAAGUCAGUGGAAGUGGAGCAUUCCAAGUUACAGAAGGAAGUGUCCCAAGUUCAAGCAGCAAAUGACGACCUCGAAGGACAGCUCCGGCUGGCACAGAGAGAGCGAGACGAAAUGGAGACGCAGUUACAGUCUUUGCAGUUCGAUAGAGAGCGAGCGGCGUCUCUUACAGAGGUGAAUGAGGUGCUGAAGCAGCAAGUAGAGCAAAUGCAGCUGGAAGCGAGAAAGGCCAUUACAGAACAAAAGCAGAAGAUGAAGCGAUUGGGUUCAGAUUUGACCAGUGCCCAGAAAGAGAUGAAGGCCAAACACAAAGCCUAUGAGAACGCAGUGGGCAUCCUGAGCCGCCGCCUCCAGGAAGCCCUCACUGCCAAAGAAUCUUCAGAGGCAGAAUUAACCAAACUCAGAGCCCAGGUCACAGAUGGAGGAAACAGCCAAGCUCUAAACGAACGAAUCCAGGUCCUGGAGCUGGAGCUACAGACUGUGGGUCACAGUAAGAUGGUGCUCGAGAAGGAGCUCCAGGAAAUCAUCUCACUGACCAGCCAAGAGUUGGAAGAGUACAGGGAGAAAGUCCUCGAGCUGGAGGAUGAGCUGCAAGAAUCCAGAGGCUUUAGGAGGAAGAUAAAGCAUCUCGAAGAGUUAAAUAAGAAGUUGGCUCUUGAAUUGGAACAUGAGCGGGGCAAGCUGACGGGUCUGGGACAGUCCAACACAGCCCUCCGGGAGCACAACAGUAUCCUAGAGACAGCGUUAGCCAAGAGGGAGGCAGAUUUAGUGCAGCUGAACCUGCAGGUCCAGGCAGUUCUACAGCGCAAAGAGGAGGAAGAUCAGCAGAUGAAACAGCUUGUUCACACCUUGCAGACGGCGCUGGAGAAGGAGAAGGCCAAAGUGCGAAGCCUUAAGGAGCAGGUGACUGCGGCCAAGGCUGAUGCCGGACACAACCGCCGUCACUUCCGAGCUGCAGCCUUGGAGCUGAGCGAGGUGAAGAAGGAGCUGCAGGCCAAGGAGCAGCUCGUCCACAAGCUCCAAGCAGAAGCAGACAGCCUGCAAGCACAGGAGGGAAAACACUGCCAAGAAGUGUCCCAGUUCCAGCAGGAGUUGGCAGAAGCUCGGGCUCAGCUGCAGCUGCUGCAGAAGCAGCUGGACGAACAACUGGACAAACAGCCUGUCGAAAACCAAGAGGUUGAAGAUCUCAAAUGGGAGAUAAGUCAGAAAGAGAGAGAAAUCCAAACCCUGAAACAGCAGCUGGAUCUGAAUGAGCAGCACAGUCAGAAGGAAUUGGAAGCAAUCCAGCUGGCUUUGCAGAAUAUUAAAUCUGAGCUGGACAUGGCACGGGAAGAUCUUUCAAUGACCCAGAAAGAUAAAUUCACCCUUCAGGCUAAGGUGACAGAGCUGAAGAAUAGCAUGAAGACGCUGCUGCAGCAAAACCAGCAACUGAAACUGGACCUGAAACAUGGCAAGAUGAGGAAGAGGAAGGAACUGAAGGGAGAGACCAAUUCCAACCCUGUGACUCCCGUUAAAAUUCCAGACUGCCCCGUCCCCGCCUCCCUUCUGGAGGAGCUGCUCAAGCCCCCGCCAACUGUGAGCAAGGAGCCACUCAAGAAUCUGAACAGCUGUCUCCAACAACUGAAGCAAGAGAUGGAUAGUCUUCAGCGCCAAAUGGAAGAGCACACCAUCACAGUACACGAAUCGAUGUCUUCGUGGACUCAGAUAGAGGACCACUUAAUGGACCUCUCAGUUCCCUGCCCUCCUGCCGACUCUAGGGAACUCGAAAAUGCCAGCGUUGACCGAAAGGAGCAGAAGCACCCUGCUCGCACCCAGAGAGUACUGGAACAGUGACCCCAAGCUGCCCCCGGCUCUCCUCUCGUCUCUGAAUGUGUGAAGGAUUAUUGUUUGAUCGCCCUUAUUUAUUUGACUGUGUACUUGAUGUUUUUCUGUGAGUUGUUGUUCUGAGUUUUCCUUUUGCCGAUGAGGGUACGAGAGAGUGAUGGCAAAGGACCAGAGAAGUGACCUAUCUGUGGGCCACGCUUAAUUCCUGAUUCCUGUGACAUGAUCCUACUGCCUACCAAAGUUACUCAUCCUCAGAUGGGGUCUUGUCUCUGAUAUUCUGUACGGGAGUCUGGGUCAGUUUGAGGAAUGGUAUGUCAGCACAGAAUUCUGAGAGGUCCUCUUGGUCACCUUGUUGAGAAGGGGAGUUCAGAAUUGUUUCCAUCAGUGGAGACAUCUGGCCUGGGGAGUUCUUGCUCCAUGUCUCACUUUCCUUCUCUGCUCAGUGGGAAGCUUUAUUUCCCUGCAGAGAAGAAAACACUUAUUUUGCACCUUUUACUUUAUUUUUCAAAUACAUACAUCCUCUAGUUGGAUGUGUAUAAAUAGUAAAAAAAAAAUCAUAUAAUUGUUACAAAAUACCCUUCUAUAAUUUAAAAAUUAGUUGGAUUGUCUCUUUUGUUCUUCUGUCUUGUUGCCAUGUUUAAGUCAGCUGUUAGAAAAUCUUGUAUAUAGAGUAUUUAGGGAAGCUGACCAGUACAGGUAAGGCUUUUAGAAAAAUAUUUUAUUUACUAUACCUUUCAAACACAAAAAUGCCUAUAUGAAAGGGUUUGGGGUUUGGUUUUUUUCAUCACCUUUCUUUCUUGGCUGUUUGCAAAGCGCACAGAGCUUCACUUUCAGUGGGAGCAGUUUCCCUUGCCCUAGCCUAAGCAUCGCAGUUCCUAAGUGGGGGACCGUCCAGAAGGACGUGGGGUCCCACCUAAGCAGAGGAAAAGGAGGGUAACUGGGAGAAUGAGGGAGUGUGCAGGAGGGAGGGAGGAAAAGGAAAGGGAGAGAUGGAUUGGCGAUGGGUAGGGUAGGGCACUAUAGUCCCAACUUUGGCUGUGACAGCCUGAGGUUUAGACUUGAAACUGACAUAAGGUGAGAGUCACCCCAGCCAACUGAGGCAGCAUGCACUCCCUGCAGACUGGACUUCAUGGGCAUGUUGAUUCGUUUUACAAAAAAAGGUUCCCAUUUAGUCUCUUUCCUGCUCAGGAAUCAUUGUUUCUGAUGCAGAUGAGUGGAAAAAAUUAAGACACCAGUAUCAGUGCAGACUUCUGAUUGUCUUCUCUUUCCUGGGUGCUCGUGAAACCCAGAAUACUUUGAUUUAUCAAUUGGGCACCCUGGAUAGGCACACUUCAACUCCCCACAUCAUUCCAUCCACACUAAACACCAUCAGCAUGAUGGAUCAGGAGGCUAGCUGUUUGUGAACUUUGGGUUUUGUUUUCUUUAAUUUGCAAAGAAAAAUCUAGGGAAAAAAUUGCAGUAAGUAGUGGGAGAUUUUUGUCUUUGUAAGCGUUAGGGGAGGGAGGGAAUAAUCCACGAAUGGGGCUCUCAGAUGCCCAUUAUGCAGAAUAGCUGGCCUGAUAAUGAUGUUAUGAAGUGUUACUGAUCAGUCCAGAUAUGCUCAUGUUUACUCUAUAUAUGACAGAAGCUUAAUUAUUCUCAUGGAGAAAACAGUAUGGUAUUCUUAAGCCGUUUCUUGUGUUCUUAAAGCUGCCUCUUAAACUGUCGCAAGAGGAAAUAAAAAUACCCUAUUGUUAGUUGAUAAGGUUAAAAUAACAUUAAUGUUAAAUACACUUAGUGAUGCUAAAAAAAAAUACUCCCAUCAAGUGUUGCCAUUUCUAAAGAAAUGUCAUUUGUGUGAGGGUGACUCUUGCUGCCAUACUGGAAAAUCGUCCUUCCCAAGAGAUGCAGGCACAAGACCCUGCCUUGCUAGUUUUGUGUGAUGCUAGGACGUGCCUCAUCUUUUCACACUUGUCCAGGCUGCGUGUGAGGUGCUCCCUAGCAAGGCAUGUUUAGGGUUCACUUUUCCACAAAGGAAGAGAAGCUUGGUUAGUUGUCAGGUGAAGUCCAACUUCUUUUGUUUUACUUCAUCUUUUUCUUUUCUUUCUGCUCUUGGUUAUUUCUCACAUUCAUUCCUUCUCUCACUCACACUCCCGCCCUGAAAAAACACAGUAAUUUUCUUGACUCUCUUUGCAAAGUGCUCAUCCCAGAGCCUCUGCCGGUCCCCUCCCUUCCGGCUCAGAGAGAAUUCACAGGGUCGAGUGUUUUAGCUCUGAACGUGAUUCUCUAGGCUCGGGGGCCUGCUGCAGGCGGGGUAGAGGAGUAAGGGAUGCUCAAGACUGCUUGGCUUCCCUUUCUUCCCUAUCCUCCCAGCUGCUGUACAUCAGCCCCUUAUUUUCCCCUUUCCCUUUCUCCCCCUGGUACCUGGGACGUCCUAGGCUGGGGAAAUUAAUCUGAAGCCUCUCAGUGUCUACUUAGAUACUGCCAUUAGGCUUCCCCAAGAAGUCACUUUAAAGAGGAAAACUGGUGCCUCCGUAACCUACAAGAUGAUCUCCAAGUUGCCUACUUUGGAUUCGCUGGGGGUUUCUUUGCCUGCAAGGGACUCUGCUUCCUGUAGCUGUCUCACUGUCCUACCUCCCCCAACCAGGGUCUAGUGAAGAAAAGGUUAGGUAAUCUGCUGUUUCUUCAAAACCAUAGUUUUGAAAUUGACUCGUGAGUCAACACGUGGAAAAAAAGCAGGGAUAAUUCCUUUAUAAAGCAAAGACUCGACUUGCAGCAUACUUGUAGAUGUCUAUAAUGAACGUGGUGUUCAAUACUGAAGGGAAAGUUCAUACUCCGUGGAACUGUUACUUAGUCUUCCAGUUUGUUCCAAAAUGUUUUGUGCAACCUGGUUGUCAUUUCUUCUUUGGCACACAACAUCUCCAAGAAAUGCUAUGGAUCUCAUAGAUUCAUAAGACCGCUCUUCCCUCUGGAGGGUGUGACAGCUGAUUUCUGUCUUGUCAUAGGAAGCAAAAGUGGCUGUUGCUAUGGUUGGCACAGAUUCAGGUCCAAAUUGUAAAGAGAUCCCCAAGAGAGAUGCCCCAAGGUGCGUACAUGGAUAGAUACAGCUGGGCAGCACUUGGUGAGACCUUCCAUGUUGUUCAACUGUACAGGUGAAGUUUCC